ACCUUUACAUUUUCUUAGUAGGUGGAAUCCACCAAUCAGAAUAAGAAAUCGGUUAACUGUGUCAGUGACAUGAACGAAUGAGGAGGCUCCGUGUACACAUGCCUACGAAUGGAUAUAGCAAGGCGUACAAAGGUGGAGCUUCAUUCGUCACCUGAACAUCGAGCCGUGAAGACGUGCAGAAGUCGGUGGUCUGACCGUCGCUGGCGAUUUUUCUUGCAUCCCGUACUGCUUACUUGGCGCAUCAUUAUUACCAUACAUAAUAAAACAAAAGGAUAUAAUCAAUGGAGAUACUGCCAGCCACCUUUCUCUUUUUCUUGCUGGGCACGUCCGUGAACGAAGUUGGGACUUUAGUACCACAUGACACUGGAAAGCAUGCAUAUUCUGGCAUACGUGCGGCGCUGGUCGAAAUAAUGGAAACAUCAACAGAUCCGCGAUGCAACCACCUACUUUUCAUCGACGAUGGUUUCUCUCUGACUUCUACUGCUGUGGAAACACUGAUGGCUGUAAACCUUCCACGUGGCUUCGGGCUGUUUACGGCGGUGAAAGGACAAGAAAGCAACAAGACACAGCAAGACUGGAUGUCCGUGGUUACUGUCCAGGCGCGGCAGAUGAGAAUGGUGUCGUGGUGUGCAAUGGUGAUACUGGUAACCGACAACCCCAUCGUCCUCGGUACCUUUGCUGAAUUAUCGAUGAAGAACCAGCUAUUGGUAUCGUCCACGAAACUCCUUGCGAUUACUCAGCUUCCGAUUCGUCGCCUUGAGAGCAUAGAUUAUUUUCACAAGGUGUUUUCUAGAAUGGAUGCUAUGAUUCUCACCUUUGAUGAUUCCAGUACAGUGACAAGUGGACUUUUUAUUUAUUUACCGAACAUAACGCCCGCAAGAGGCAAGAUUCAACUAGCAACAUUGUCAUCAAUGGGCCUCACUUGGGUUUCUGAUCUUCCUAUUUUUCCUGACAAAUACACCAAAUUUUUGGAAAGACCAGUUAUGAAGAUUGCAAGGGAACAGAUAGGUGAGAAACAGAACGAAGGCUGCAACCAACCGUUGAUCGCGUACAUGGCAGAAGCGAUGAAUUUUACAUGUAACAUGGCAUAUGCUGCAGGAAAUGUAUACGGCACCAGGAACGUUGAUGGAACCUGGUCUGGCAUGAUUGGCAUGUUAAUUAGAGAAGAGGCAGACAUGUCUUUGGCAGCCUUUGCUCACACGCCCUUCCGCGGCCAGGUGGUGGACUACAGUAUUCCCCUCUUGGUGCAGUACUCAACCAUCGUCGGUAAACUAGGACAGCCAGAAUUAGAUCCCUGGAGUUUUCAUCUGCCGCUGGACGCUUAUGUGUGGUUGAGCAUCUUAAUAACCCUCCUACUUGUUCCUGUUGUCAUGGUUCUAUUGUCUUGGAGUUCCUCUUCACUCUCGACUCGGCGUCGUUCCAGCUGGAGAAGGGACGUCUUCCAACUACUUCGUGUUUUGUUACAGCAAGACAUAUCAACAUCCCAUGACUCAUGGCGGCGACGCGGAGUUAUGGCCACCUGGCUGCUGGUAGCCUUAGUGCUAGUUAGGAGCUACGCCAGCAACCUUAUGUCAGUGAUGGCGGUACGUUAUGUCCAACAGCCAUACCAGAGCUUAAGGAAUGUACUUGACGAUCCUAGUGUCACUAUGAUCUGGCAAACCAACUCUAGCAGAGUGGAGUACUAUCGUUCGGCAAGGUCCGGGAUAUUCCGGGAAGUGGCCGAAAGGGAGAAGGCUGGCGGCAUCAAGUUACAAUUGCUCCACGAAUUCUGGAGAAGCAUGGACACCUUACUUCAGAGAGGAGAUCACGUUCUUGUUGCAGUGGAAAUCAUAUCUCGUCUCUUGAUCAGCCAUGAUUUUACAAAACGAGGGCAAUGUGAUUUUUACACUGCAAAAGAACGCAUUCUGCCAGUUUUCCUAUCUGUGGUGGGGCAAAAGGGAAGCCCCAUUGUACCUCAACUCAACAGAAGAAUUAUGGCGAUCCAGGAAGCAUGGUUAUAUGAUUUAUGGGUUGAGAAUAAUAUAAAUAAUUCUACUGCCUGUGCUCAGACGCCGUCGCGGAUCACUAACAGUUCCUCCCUGUCCCUACAACAUCUGUGGGGCAUGAUGGCAGUGUUAGCAGGCAGCCAUAUUUUAGGAUUACUCCUUCUCAUCUGGGAGAUGCGGUCCUCACCUAUCAAAACCUCUUAAAUCUAUAUAUAUAUAUAUAUAUAUAUAUAUAUAUAUAUAUAUAUAUAUAUAUAUAUAUAUAUAUAUAUAUAUAUAUAUAUAUAUAUAUAUAUAUAUAUAAAGAAAAAUAAAUAAAUAAAAUUUCCAGCCGA